AUAAACUUUACACUCGCGGGAACACAACUUACUGUACUAGCACCAUAAAAUGCGGCAACAACGCUUCUCUCGGCUGCAAAGCCUGGCCCGGCAGUGGCUUACAUCGCAGAGUGUUGCGGAAACCUGUUCCACGAGCGCUUCCACCAGCUCGCCAUACUUCUGCCCAAUCCUUGCUCAGCAGCGAUUUGCUCUGCAGCGCCGUGUUGGGCUGCACACGUCCCGAUGGCUCGCCGCGGAGCAUCAGGCCGGCACGAAGGCCGCGAGCGACGUGGCGCCGGUAUCAAUGCGCACACUCAUCCUGGCGCUCAUGGCGGGUGCGGGCGUCACCUACGCCACGCGCCUGUACACGGACCAGAAGCUGCAGCAGGUGACUGCCAAGUCGCAGCAGGUGGUGGGGCAGGCGUCGGUCGGCGGGCCCUUUGAGCUGACCGACCAGGACGGCAAGCCCUUCUCCAACAAGGACCUGCUCGGCGAGUUCGCGCUGCUAUACUUCGGCUUCACGCACUGCCCCGACAUCUGCCCAGAUGAGCUCGAGAAGGUGGCGGAGGCGAUUAACACGGUGGAGAAGUGGACGGGCGUGCCGGUACAGCUGGUGUUCAUCUCGGUGGACCCCCAGCGCGACACGCCCGCGCUCAUCAAGAGCUACGUCAAGGAGUUUCAUCCACGCAUGAUCGGGCUGACCGGCAGCCUGGACAAGAUCAAAGCCGUCAGCAAAUCGUACCGCGUGUACUACAACAAGACGGGCGAGUCCGACACGGACUACCUGGUGGACCACUCCAUCAUCCACUACCUCAUAUCGCCCGAGGGAGAGUUCGUGACCUUUUUCGGCAAAAACGCCGACGCGCCCACCAUCGCCAAGCAGAUCUCGCAGCACGUGGCGGACUGGCAGGCCGAGCACCCCGGGUACCACAAGGGCAGGGACAUGAAGGCGAUGGUGGCGGCGGGGGCCGCGGCGGCGGAGCCGAAGGCAGCGGCGACAGUCGGGAAGUAAGCCGGGCCACGGUCGCAGCAGGGACCCAGGCGGCCGCGGCGCAGUAGCUUGGGAGCCGAGGGCGCAGGAGCAGCAGACAGGGCAUGGCGGUUACGGGUGUCUGCCGCAUCGGCAACAUCUGGCAGCAUUGGCGUUGGCCACCGCCGCACCUGGGCUUCGGGGCCGUGGUCGAGGCGGCGGGACUGUGAAAGCUGCUGCGAGCCCGAAUGCAAUGGCAGGCUUAUGUAGGGUUUUGGAAGUGGUGGUGGCCGCGAGUAGGCUGGUGAGGGCUGUUUAGCAAUUAGGCUUCAUGUGCAGGAGGGUCGUUGGCGUGGGUGUUUCUGUUACAGCACUGGCGGGGGCGAAUGAAGUGGGUGAAUGCCUGAAGGCCCGACCGGGAUUGUGAUGGGGCGAUUGGAGUGAGUUCGUGGUGACUUCUGGUUGAUGGAAUGAGAAUGCAUGCUGUGCAUCCCUGACGGGAGUGCAUCCCUGGAGACUCUGCAUCACUGCCAAUUUGCACUAACUUGUAAUGCCUGGAGGAGACCGCACCGCGUCACUGCUACCGGUUGGACACCCAGUCAAGCAGUGUGGGCAACUGGCCAACUGCAUAUAGAUUGGCAGCAUUCCCGGCAGCAUCCACGCCGAGGAUAGAGCAAACGGGCAGCUGAGCCCUAGACCGGGUGCAGGCAUGGCUUAUGGAACCUGGAGAUAUUCACUCGCGUCCACACCCACCCACACCGCAACAUCCUGUGCCGUUUCGCGUGUGCUGGAGGUGCUGGACCGCGAACAACAUAAAA